AUGGAGAUAAAUCAUGAAGCUCUAAACACUGUCUUCAAAGCCGAAAAAAAAUACAAAUGUCCAUUUGAAGGCUGUCGUUUGGAGUUUUUGAAGCCAUCCUCACUAAAGUGGCACACUAAUGUUCAUCUUGAAGAGAAACCAUUUCAAUGCAACUUUGAAGGUUGCAAUAAGUCAUACUCAAAUCCUUCUCACUUGAAACGUCACAUUGAACAAACCCAUGGUGGUAAGAAGCAGAGAGCAUUAUGUGAAUUUUGCCAGAAAUAUUUUAGUAACUCGAAUAAUUUAAAACGUCACAUUAAGAGGAGCCACAGUAAUGAUUCAAAAUUUUGCACUCAAUGCAAUAAAAGAUUCAAACUUGAGAUUACGUAUGAAGAGCACAUGGUGUUAUUUCACCAAUCGCAAGGAAAUAAACUGCAACUGUAUGAAUGUGAGCAGUGUGGCACAACAUUAUCCUCUUACAGGAAUUUCCGAAGACAUAAAAAGAAUCAUCUCAGCAAAACGAUUCUGUGUGAUUUUAUAAGUUGUUCAGCUAUAUUCAACUCGAUUCAUUCCUUAAAAGAACACCAAAAGUCAGUUCAUUCUACAACUUACAUUUGUGCAGAGUGUAACAAGGAAUUUAAUUCUAAAGGCAUUAUUAGGAAUCAUAUUCUUUCUAAACAUUUGGGUGUUAAGAUCACUGCAUCUAGCGAAUUCACUUGUCCAUAUGCAGAAUGCAGUAGAGUAUAUGCAUUUAAAAAAAAUUUAAGGCAACACAUUCGUAUCUACCAUAAAGGUAUAAGAUUUAAAUGUGACGUGUGUGAUAAUGAGUUAUCAAGCAAACAAAAACUUCAGCAACACAAAAUAAAAAAACAUACAAGGAAAAAAUACAGUAUUAUAAGGACUAAUCAAAUUUUGGAUUAA